ACCCUCAAACCAUUGGGAUGCUGUAGGAGUUUACGGAGCAUUCUAUGCGCAUCGUAUCGCUCAGUUUCAAAAGACGAGAUAUCCCCUCAAAGCAGACCACAGCAACCCUCAACCACUCUGUCACUGCUCUACCGUCAACGGAACCGACAAACAAACCUACACUACCUCUCUUGUCAGGAAUGGAUGAUACAGAUGACCCCAUUCUGCUCCUUUCUCCAGAUUUGGAGCGCACAAACGACUUCAUUCCGCUACUUUCAGACGAUCUGUUGCGUUUAAAAGACAACCUAGGAAACCAACUUCGGGCACUGGAAGAAGUACUCGCCCAACGUAACGCCUUUAUCUUCAAAAAAACCACAAAGGAAUACGACGACUUGGUCAUGAGAUUUUUGCGCGUUCUUGGGAAUUAUCUCGGGAUAACGCUCAUGGAUGUCUUCAGAGUGAUCGAGAACAUUCAACGGCUAAUGAAGGACUACGAGGAUUCGCUUCAACAUUUCGUCAGACAUUCAGCAUCAACCAUCCAAACAUUGGAUUUUUGUACCAGGGAGGUCGAAGCCCUCGUCGAGCAGCAUUCUAUAGCGAUUCAAGAAUUAACUCAGAUAUCCUCCACGAUCCAAGCCCUCGGUGAGUACUACACCGCGGAGUCCGAGGACCUGAUGAACGGCUGUGUGACAGCAAAGAUAGUUUCCAUUGCUCUGAGUAUAACCGGCUUCGCAGCAGGAGCAUCCAUGGCCAUUUUCGUUCCCCCGCUCGCGGCCGUCGGUGCUGGUGCAUUGGUUGCAACAGGUGGCGGGAUCAGCGCCAUCAUUUCACAAUACGACGCAAACAAGUCCGAAAUCUACGCCAUGGCGACAGCUAAACUGACCAUGGUCGAUGACUACAACCAAGCCUUCCAAGCGCCCAUAAAAACAAUCUUUCUCAAGCUAAGCGCCAGCAAACGACAAUUGACAGCUCUGCAACACAGAAACUCUAAAUUGACAACUGCAGACCUGGCCGAAUCCGACCGUGAAAAAUCGUACGCGCGCGCUCAGAAGGAAGCCGAGGAGAUCGACCGAGUGUGUAAUGAAAUAUACGACUAUGCUCUUCAGGUCACAGUGCUGAGAGGCCAACUUGGGGCGAAGUUGGAGCAAAUUACAGAGAAAUAAGAAAUAAACAACAUGUUGCUGCAGACAGACAGCAUUCGAUAGAGU